GGAGAUCGGCGGGGAGCACGGCAUCGACCCGGCCGGAGCCUACGUGGGCGACUCGGCGCUGCAGCUGGAGCGGAUCGGCGUGUACUACCGCGAGUCCUCGACCCAGAAGUAUGUGCCCAGGGCCGUGCUGGUGGACCUGGAGCCGGGCACCAUGGACAGCGUGCGGUCCGGGCCCCUGGGGCAGCUCUUCCGGCCUGACAACUUCAUCUUCGGACAGACGGGCGCCGGCAACAACUGGGCGAAGGGCCACUACACGGAGGGCGCGGAGCUGGCGGACACAGUGCUGGACGCGGCGCGGCGGGAGUGUGAGUGCUGCGACUGCCUUCAGGGCUUCCAGCUGGCACACUCACUGGGCGGCGGCACGGGCUCGGGGCUGGGCACACUGCUGCUGGGCAAGAUCCGCGAGGAGUUCCCCGACCGCAUGGUGCACACCUUCAGCGUCAUGCCCUCGCCCAAGGUGUCGGACACCGUGGUGGAGCCCUACAACGCGGCGCUGUCCGUGCACCAGCUGGUGGAGCACACGGACCAGACCUACUGCAUCGACAACGAGGCGCUGUACGACAUCUGCUUCCGCACCCUCAAGCUGGCCACGCCCACCUACGGCGACCUCAACCACCUGGUGUCGGCCACCAUGAGCGGGGUGACCACGUCCCUGCGCUUCCCGGGCCAGCUGAACGCAGACCUGCGCAAGCUGGCCGUGAACAUGGUGCCCUUCCCGCGCCUGCACUUCUUCAUGCCGGGCUUCGCCCCCCUGACGGCGCGGGGCGGUCAGCAGUACCGCGCCCUGACGGUGCCCGAGCUGGCCCAGCAGAUGUUCGACGCCAAGAACAUGAUGGCCGCCUGCGACCUGCGGCACGGCCGCUUCCUCACCGUGGCUGCCGUCUUCCGCGGCCGCGUGUCCAUGCAGGAGGUGGACGAGCAGAUGCUGGCCGCCCAGAGCAAGCACAGCAGCCGCUUCGUGGAGUGGAUCCCCAACAACGUCAAGGUGGCCGUGUGCGACAUCCCGCCGCGCGGGCUCACCAUGUCGGCCACCUUCAUCGGCAACAGCACGGCCAUCCAGGAGCUGUUCAAGCGCGUCUCGGAGCAGUUCUCGGCCAUGCUGCGGCGCAGGGCCUUCCUGCACUGGUUCACGGGCGAGGGCAUGGACGAGACGGAGUUCACCGAGGCCGAGAGCAACGUGAACGACCUGGUGUCCGAGUACCAGCAGUACCAGGACGCCACGGCCAGCGGUGGGGAUGAGGCCUUCGAGGAGGGCGAGGAGGAGGUCCAGGAGUAGAGGCUGAGUGCACCUGCUGUCCUUCGGCCCCGACGGCUGGGUGGUCACAGCAGGGACGCUGACCGCAGGAUGCAGGCCAGAGUGCUGCAGGGAGAGUGGCGGGUGGGAGGGCGGGCGUCCCAUGGCCUCGGGAGGCUGAGGCAGUGCAGCAGCGCUGGGCGGAGGUGGCCUACCCUGCAGGCUGAGGCUGAAGUGGCCCAGCGCUGCCUUAUGGAAUCUGCCCUGUGGGCCCUGGAAGCGCUCCUCUCAAUAAACAGCGUGUUGUUCCGCGG